GUAUCUGUCCGCGUCUAUGUUUUGCUGACUCAGCGGAAAAGGGCGCGUUUGCGGCAGCGUGUUUUGUUUGGGUUUUGCGUCGUGCCUGCCCUUGUUGUUUGCCUUGCUUCUCUUUUCCCUCCUCCUUCGCCAUCAUCAACCAAGCACGCCACCACGCAGAAACAGGGCGACCUUGUUCCCCUCCCUCCUUCUUCUCUCCCUUCUUCUUCUUCUUCUUCUUGUCUCCCCCCACCUCUUGAUCAUCCUUUAGCAGUCGACACACACAUAGACAAGGUGAACAGACCUCCCUUUGUUUCUUUGGUUGUGUGGUCUCGUGUCAACCACCCUUCCCUGGUCACUUUCAUCCUUUGACUCGCCGUUUGCUUGCUUGCUUGCUUGCUUGCCUGCUUGCUGGAGUGUUCCUCUCACCUCCAUUCGCAUUCGAUCAAUCAAUCAAUCAAUCCAUCGACCAAAUCGUGUGUUUCGAUGGACGUUUGACACAUUGAACCGGCCUCGUGUCCUACUCCCCUCCCCCGCUCUCCCCAAACCACGCGUUGGUCGUCCACACACACGCGCUUCACGCUUCACUUCGCUUCGCCAUCACUUCAUCAAAGUUGCAUUGCGGUGCAUGAGGGCCUGCUUUGAUCUUGAUCGACACAGCCACACAAGUCUGCUCGCUCAAGGCCAGCGUCAUCUGCUGCUUCCCCUCCUCCUCUGCUUCUUCCUUCCCUUCUCCGUUGCAUCUCUCCCCUCCCCUUCGCCCUCGCCCUCGCCCCUUGUCUUGCAUUUGUUCCUCCUCGCUCCGCUCCCCCCCCCCACACACACACAACAAGCAAAGAUGGAGCGCGCCACGGACGAGAUGGUAUUGAUCCAGAGCGUGAAGAAGCUCAACCUGGACCACUCGCGUGAGGAAGACCGCCAGCGCAGGCAUCGCAUCAUCGGUGCGGCGCGCGCCAGCGGCCUGCGCGGUGGCGUCACCACAUCAUCAUCAUCAUCGUCAGCAUCCUCCUCCUCUUCCACCACAACAGCCAAGGCGUCGUCGCCAGCCUCGUCCUCGUCCUCGGCGUUUACAUCCACAUUCUCCACCUCCGCCAGCCCCAGCAGCCACAACACCAGCACCGCGUCGCCCGGCAGCAGUGGUGGUGGCGGCCGGCACCUGUCUGCGGCCAUGUUUGGGCUCUACCGCAACACGCCCAAGACGCUCAAGGACGUGCGCAACAUGCGGGCGGCGGCGAGGGAGCAGCAGCGCCGCUCCGCGCGGCAAGACGCCCUCAACACCAAACGCGACGACCUGGACAUAUCCACCUCGCCGUCGUCAGCAUCAGCGCCAUCAUCAACAUCGGCAUCCUCGUCAUCGCUGGCAACGGCUGGCGGCGCCCGGCUGGGCUCGGCCACAUCCGCCAAGACACACGCAAAGACGUCCGCAACCACGCGCACGUCGGCGUGCUGUCUCGGCGACAUCAAGGCCUGCCUUGAGCAGGCUGUGCUGCAGCCGCUGAACAGCAGCCUACCGCUCGGCAGCUCGCCAGGCACGCCGCCGCCCACAACAUCCACGCCGCGCACCACGCCCGUCACCACCCCGCCGCCGCCCGCACCGUCUCCUUCGUCGCCGGCAAGAACCGGUGGCAAGGGCAUGGACACUAGCGCAACCGAGACCAGCAACAACCCCGCCGCCACCACAAGCGGCAGCCAGGCGGUGGGCCAGCCGCGCGCCAUUGCCGGCAACGCAUACACGAAUUUGAAGGUUGAGCAGGAGGUGAACGCGACACUGCUGGCGGAGGUGCAAGGCAUCCAGAACAAGCUCGCCGCGGCCGCAGGCGACCCUGAUGAGAUGAUGAAGCACUUGAAGGCGCUGCGGCUGCUCACGUGCCGGCCCGGUGAGCCACCCAUUGCGACGAUGCUGGCUGCCAACACGCCGCUGUACCUGAUGGAGGUGCUCGGUGUGUCGCCCGCACACGCCAAGGAGGCGGCGUGGGCGCUGUCGAACUUGGCAGCGGGCACACCGGAGCAGACGAGCCAGCUGUUGGACGCAGGGGCAGGCCGCAUCCUGACCACGCUGCUGGCCGACGACAACGAGGAGCUUGCGCACACGGCGGUGUGGGGGCUGGCCAACAUGGCUGGGGACGGCCCGCACGUGCGCGACCAGGUGUUGGAGUGCGGCGUGCUGCCCCGUCUCAUCUCCCUUCUUGAGGGCAUCCUGCCACCCGACACGACCGCCAUGAACACGGCUUCGCAGACGGGCACCGCCAUGUCUGCAUCGCGCGCGCUGACGAUGGCAGCAUCCGGAACAUCGUCAACCACAUCCACGUCGUCGUCAUCACCAGCAUCGUCCGGGACAGCGUCCAUGGUAUCCUCCAUCACCUCCACGACAGGCAGCAGUGGCGGUGGAGUCGGUGGGGGUGACACGUCAGCCACGGCGCAGCUUCAGCUUCAGCACCUGCAAUUGCAUGGGCACCAACAGCAGCAGCAGCAGCAGCAGAUGCAGCAACGCCGUAUGUGGAUGGACGCAAGCGUGUGGUGGCAGCAGCCGUCGCUGGCUGUUCCGUUUGAACCACACCUGCAGAACAACGACAACCUCUCCUUUGACGCCGCCCUUGAACGCGCAUACGCAGCGCAUGUCAAAGACGGCAGCAGGAGCAGCAUGAGCAGCAUCGGUGGGCUCGGCAGCCAGAUGGACGGUGGUGGGGAUGAUGAGGGCAUUGGUGCGGGUGGUGGCCGCAGCAUGGCAGAGGGAAGCGACACCACCACCACCACCGCUACGACGAGUACCAUCACCACCAUGUCGACAAGCACCACUGCGACGCCCACGCUCAAUGGCAGCUUUGGCACGCGCGUCGGCGGGUCUGUGUCGACGCUUGCAACGCCCGCUGUCGUGGUGUCACGCACAACACGCGAGCGCAUCUGCACGCUGGUGUGGUGCUUGCUGAACCUGUGCCGUGGCAAGCCGCGCCCGUCGUUUGAGGCCGUUGUGCCCUGUGCGCCGGUGCUGCUGCGCGUGCUGCGUACGCUCGGCACGCACAUGCACAUGUCUGCGGCCACGGUGGACGCGGCGUGGGCGCUGGCGUACAUGUCUGAGGACGCAACGGCGCUCCCGGAUUUGAUUGCGCUCGGGGCCGUGCCGACCAUGCUGUCGUUGUUGCGUCAGUGCACGCCGCGGCAGGCGCUGUUCCGCCCGCUCAUUCGCUUCAUCGGCAACGUGACGAUUGGGGAGAGUGACGUCACAACGCUGCUGCUGAAACAGGGCGUGGUGGACGUGCUGGCAUACUUUUCCAACUCGUCGCUGCACUGGCUGUCCCGGGAAGCGCUGUGGGCAUUGAGCAACCUGGCGGCGAGCGACGAGCACCACGUGCGGCUGAUGGCCACGAAAGGUGUGCAUGAGGCUGUGCUCGGUCUGAUACUCUCUGAGCGUCUCGUCCCUGCGCAGAUGAAGGAGGCGCAGUUUGUGCUGAAGAACAUGGUGGCCAUUGGCGCGUCGCAGGACGCCGCUCGUAUCCAGCACACCGCAGCAGGCCUCGGUGUCACCAUUGAGGAGGAGUGAUGCCUGGCGUUACGUGUUGUUGUUGUUGUUGUUGUUGUUGUUGUUGUUAUUGUGUGUGUGUGUGUGUGUGUGUGUGCGUUUGGCAUGCACCGCGUCUUCGCCUUUGUUGGCGUCGUGCAUUUGCAUUUCUCUUGUUUUUCGCUAUCGACAUGAACCAUACAAUAACCAGUGCACACCUUUGAAGAAAGUCACUGACUGAGCCUUCAUCAGCUUUGGUGUUGCGUUGGUUUCGGGUGGUGUUGGGU